GGCAGGCAAGCGGAGCUCCUGGAAGAAGCUUGGGAUAUGCCGCAACGAGCAGACUCCUGGAUUAUUUAUUAAUGCUGUCAGCUGGCACACGGGAAGGAGUAACUGUAUCCAUUGAUGGAAGGACAGUGACAGAUGCCACCACACAGAUUUAUGAUUGGAGCACAUGUGUAGAAGAGUCUGUGGAAUUAACGAUGACAAGCCAUUACUAGGAUGCUUUCCUCACGUUCUUUGUUUCUCUGUUAGUAAUGCUUCCUGCAAAGAAAAGACUGCACCAAGAUGCAUGUUAUGAACUGUGUUUCGCUGGCCAAUGAUAAAGAAAAUGGAGAAUGUAAUGUGGCCAUAACAGAGUUAAUGAUUGACCAUCCUUUGCCAACCCCACCACCACCUCCCCCUCCGCCCCCACCACCACCGCUUUUUCAAAACCACAAUGGACCACCACCUCCCCCACCAUUGCCUGGAGCUCCCCCACCACCACCUUCUUUCCUACAGAAUGGAGGUUCUGGAUAUGGUUAUGACAGUAAGAAGAAGAGAAUGCGGAGUUUCUUCUGGAAGACCAUUCCAGAGGAGCAAGUUCGAGGAAAAACAAAUAUUUGGACUAUGGUUGCCAGGCAACAUCAAUACCAAAUUGAUACAAAGACAAUCGAGGAACUGUUCGGGCAUCAAGAAGAAACAAAAUCAGGUGGGAUUAAAGGAAGAGGGAGUUUAAGGUCUUCUUUUCGUGAAUCCAAGGAUGAGGUUUCCAUUUUGGAUUCAAAAAGAAGCAUGAAUAUUGGCAUAUUUCUGAAACAAUUCAAAAAGUCAGCGGAACAGAUCAUUGAAGACUUUCGAAAGGGACGAUGUGAUUUGUACGACUCGGAGGCUCUUAAAGAGUUUUUAAAGCUGGCUCCAGAGGCAGAAGAGGCAAAGAAACUAAAAGCAUUUAGUGGAGACAUAACCAAGCUGUCAUUGGCGGAUUCUUUUAUGUAUUUGUGGAUACAUUUGCCAAACUAUUCCCUACGGAUAGAGGCCAUGGUGCUGAAGAAAGAGUUUUCACCCUCUUACUCUUCUUUGAGUAGAGAUAUGACGGUCAUCUGGCUUGCUACAAAAGAGCUAAUGUCCUGUGAGCAGCUCCAUGCAAUUCUGUAUUUGGUGCUUCAAGCUGGAAACAUCAUGAAUGCAGGAGGCUAUGCAGGAAACGCAGUUGGCUUCAAGUUGUCGUCUUUGCUUCGACUUGCAGACACAAAGGCAAACAAACCAGGAAUGAAUCUGUUACAUUUUGUGGCUCUGGAAGCCCAAAAGAAAGAUGCUGCACUCCUGACCUUUUCGGAGAAGCUGGAACAUGUUAAUGAAGCUGCCAGGUUAUCCUCGGAUAAUAUUGAAGCAGAAUUUCAGUCCCUGUCAACAAAAACAAAAUCUUUAAAAGACCUCAUCAAGAAAGACCAAGAACUCUUCCAGCAAAUGGAAGAUUUUAUUCAGACUGCUGUAAAACAAUUGAAGGAGCUGGAAACCCGGAGAGGUGAGCUACAGAAAGCAGGGAAUGCCCUUAUUGAUUUCUUCUGUGAAGAUAAAGAAACUAUGAAACUUGAUGAGUGCUUCCAGAUAUUUAGAGAUUUCUUUGACAAGUUCACCACAGCUGUAAAGGAGAACAGGGAACGUGAAAUCCAAGACCUCAGAAAACAGAAUAAACUAAAAGAACUAGAAAUGAAACGAAAUUCUUGGGUUAGUGGAGAAAAUUAUGUUUUUGGAAGAAGUAGCAGUGAAAAUGAUGUGGAGCUUCUUGCCAAAAAUGGAAUUGAAGACUUUUUGCCUUUUUUUCAGCAAAGACCCCAAAGCCCCUUUAACAGGACCUCCAGCACAAGGCGUUCCAGGCUUUCUCUUGGAGUUACAGCAGACCGAGAACUACAGAUGUACUUGGAAGCACCACAAGAUGAUCAGAAAAGCAAGUCGAAUAGUCUACCACGGUUUCACAGUCCCCAACCAAGACCAACUGUGGCUUGGAUGGACUCCAAAAAGAAAAAUGAACAGAGCCUAAAUGGUCCUCCUUUAAAUAAUACUGAAAAUGAAAAACAAACAAACAUACAUGAUCGGAAUAACAACAAGUGCAGUGCAGACGUUCAACAAAAUAAAUCUCUUCCUUUAAGCCCUUUAGCGAGCACUGUGGAAGAGCAUGAACUUGUUAAACAAUUACAACAGUUUGAUAUAAGGAGAACUGUGAAUACCAAGAGUGAGGAUAUAACUGUUACAGAAUUGGAAACACUAGAAAACUUAAGUUCAUGUUCUGUUAGUUUAGCAGAUGACAUUAGUACACCACUUCACAUAUAUACCAAAGGCAAACAGAGGAACUCAGAAGGCACCUCCAAAGAGACAAGUUCUGUUACAGAGACUUCCCAAAACACUGAAGUGUCGCCUCUGAAAAAAACAUGUGUAUCUGAUCACAUACCUCAAUUUUAUAUUGCGGAGGAAACUGACACAUCUUUAACAUUGGACUGUUCUGAAGGACAUAAUUCAACUUAUAAGAAAGAAGGCUCAAAAAAUAUUGAAGUUCCUUUGCUUAAUGAGCAAGAGUUUCAAUGUCUGAUCCCAGAAAAGCAUGAUAAAACACAAGCUGAUAUUAAGAAAGGCAGUAUUUCUAAAGAAAACACCCCAAAGACUAAAGAUAAUCUUAGAAGAAACAAUUCUUUAAAAGAACGAAACCUUUCCUUUACAAAAGGAACAAGUAGUGUUCCCAGUAGCAGAGCUCCUACAAAACCAGUGCGUAUGUUAAAUGAUUCUGAACAUGAAACAAUGAGAAAAGUUGUUCCAAUUUCCAAAUCAAACAAAUCUGGGAGUAUAAAAAGAAAUGACUUGAGAAGCUCGGUGCGUGAAACUAGUACCCAUGAAGUUAAACCAGUACAACGUUCGUCAUUCAGAGCAAAAAAUGAUAUCUUGGCAAAAAAUGAUAACGUGCCUAAAAUUUCUCCUAAAAUCAGCACAUCUGCAGAAGAACCUAAGCUACAAAGAGGAAGCAGUUUUGUAUCAAAUGGUUCCCGUUUCCAAAGGGAUCAACCACAGCGCAAAAGUUCUGUAAAAAAGCCAGCUGCGAAACCAGUGAGAAAUAUUUCUAAGCCAAAGCCUGAUGAAAUGAAAAUAUGCCGCACAACUCCUAACGGUCCAAACAAUCCCGAACCUGUUAAAUCUUCUCCCACCCAAAGCCUCAAAACAUCACAGUCCACUCCGAGUUUUGCACGGAACACUGUAGCUUCUUCGUCUCGACGAGCAAAGCCAGAGGUUCCUCCUUUACCUACAAAAACUACUACUUUGACUAGAUCUACUUCUCUUCGCCAAUCUAGGGGAAAGUCUGAACCAAUUUCUAAGGAUGCAAACUCAAAACAAAAUGUCAGUGUCCACACACUCAAAGGUACUAGUAGUAGCAGUAAGAGAGGAAGGGUGAUUGAAGCAGUUGACAAACAUGUUGAUGAACAAAAGGACAAAAGCAUAAUGGAAAAAUCCUCAUUGAAGAUUAAGGACACAGGCAGAGCAACUCUGGGAAAAAUAUUGAAACCUUUACUGAAGUGAGUGUUUAAAUGUUUGAGAUGAAUUGACAACCCCUAUUUGGGCGAACGUACAUAAGGUAUAUUUUCUGAAUUACUCCCAAACUUUGGCCUUAUUUUGAUCUUUUGUUUUGUGAAGCAGAAUGCACCAGGAAUACAAUGUGACAUAAACUGAUCACAAGUGCCCUUGUAUUCUACCAUUGAACAAAAUCAUGAAGGAAUGUACACAUCUUGGAUUUUUUUUCUUUGUAUAUUUUUAAGGUUUGGAGCUCAGCUGGAAAGUAAUGAUUACUAAUGGAACCGUUAUCUUCAAUUCCAAGAGACUGACAUUUUUCAUUUUAGAAAAUCAUUCUGCUUCAGGAAAACAAA